GUGCGACUCGCACAGUCGCUGCCCCCGCGACUUCUCAACUUCUUCAAGCGCUACCCUCCGCCCGCUCUGUCACAAUCUACCACCGCCUCGACAACCAUUGCCGCCAACACUUCCUCGGCCGAUGCAAAUGCAAACACGCCCACCUCAAUCUCAGAAGACGCUGUCCCCGAACCAUCCCUAAAACCCGAGAACCCUUUCAUGCCCUUCAAGAACCCCAUCACCCAAAGGUGGCAGCCCGCCUCUUUCUCUCUCCGCAAGCAAUCCGAGAUCAUCAAGCUCGCAAUCAAGCACAACGUCGUCUCUUUGCUACCAUACACGCACAAACUGCCCGACGAGGUCGCUCGUCGCCGCGCCGAACACGGUCUCCGCGUCAAGGGUACCGGUGUUGGCCAGAAGGUCAAGGGAAAGAUGUGGGAACGUACUCUGAAGGGCAGAUUGGACAAGCGUGAGAAGGCUAUGGUUGAUAUGCCCGAGAUGAUCCGUCACUGGAAGGAGAGAGGUCACGGAAGAGGCUGGAAGAAGUGGCCC